ACUUCCGGAGCGCAGGCGGAAGUGUACUUUUCAUAUUCUGCCUCCGGGGCUGGUUAUAUUUAUUGCCAAAAAUGGCGAAAACCGUGGCCUAUUUCUACGACCCGGACGUGGGCAACUUCCAUUAUGGCACAGGCCACCCGAUGAAACCUCACCGCUUGGCCCUCACCCACAGCCUGGUUCUUCACUAUGGCCUGUAUAAAAAGAUGAUUAUGUUUAAGCCUUACCAAGCUUCUCAGCAUGAUAUGUGCCGCUUUCACUCUGAGGAUUACAUUGAUUUCCUGCAGCGGGUGAGCCCCAACAACAUGCAAGGCUUCACUAAAAGCUUAAAUGCCUUCAAUGUUGGUGACGAUUGCCCAGUGUUUCCAGGCCUCUUUGAGUUUUGCUCUCGCUACACAGGAGCCUCUCUACAGGGUGCUACACAACUAAACAACAAGAUUUGUGACAUUGCAAUUAACUGGGCUGGAGGACUUCAUCACGCCAAGAAGUUUGAGGCUUCUGGAUUCUGCUAUGUCAAUGAUAUUGUGAUUGGUAUUCUGGAGCUGCUCAAGUACCAUCCGCGUGUUCUCUAUAUAGAUAUUGAUAUUCACCAUGGAGAUGGCGUACAAGAAGCAUUUUAUCUCACAGACAGAGUCAUGACAGUCUCUUUUCACAAAUAUGGAAACUAUUUUUUUCCUGGAACAGGUGACAUGUAUGAGGUUGGAGCUGAAAGUGGGAGGUAUUACUGUCUGAAUGUCCCAUUAAGGGAUGGCAUUGAUGACCAAAGUUACCGACACCUCUUUCAGCCUGUAAUUAAACAAGUGAUAGAUUUCUACCAGCCUACCUGCAUUGUCCUACAGUGUGGCGCUGACUCCCUUGGCUGUGACAGACUGGGAUGUUUUAACCUGAGUAUUAGGGGACAUGGUGACUGUGUUCAGUAUGUGAAAAGCUUUAAUAUUCCCCUGCUUGUACUUGGAGGGGGUGGUUACACUGUCCGCAAUGUAGCGCGAUGCUGGACAUAUGAAACAUCAUUGCUAGUGGAUGAAACAAUUAGUGAAGAAUUGCCUUAUAGUGAAUACUUUGAAUAUUUUGCUCCGGAUUUCACCCUUCACCCAGAUGUCAGCACGAGGAUUGAAAAUCAGAACACACGACAGUAUUUAGAUCAAAUAAGACAGACAAUUUUUGAAAACUUGAAGAUGCUGAACCACGCUCCCAGUGUUCAGAUCCACGAUGUCCCCUCUGAUCUUCUGAGUUAUGACCGCACAGACGAGCCAGAUCCUGAGGAGAGAGGAGCAGAGGACAAUUACACUAGGCCUGAAGCCUCGAAUGAAUUUUAUGAUGGGGAUCAUGACAAUGACAAGGAGAGUGAUGUUGAGAUUUGAGCUGUAUGUCACUUUACAUGUAUCUGACUUUUCAAGCUUUUGCAUCGUCAGUUUUAUGACCAAUAUUUACAGUAUUUUUUUGAACAUUUUUGGACCAGGUAAAUUUUUGCUGUCCAGCAAAGAUGCACGGUUUUUCUUUUCUUUUUGACAAUGGGAUUUUAAAGAUUAACUAUUGAAAAGUGACUUCUCUGCACACUUACAGCAGUCAAGGCUACUUUUGGAUGCUGGAUUAAUGUCAAGGAUGAAAAAUGUUUCCUUGGAGGGAGGGAUUCUUCUUCCCAAAACAAGUUGUAUUGUUUUGAUAUAACCUACUAUCAUAACUCAGAUCAGCUAUUGCAAGAUGAACGGAAGAGACUAUUGUAGAGCACUUGGUUUUGUUUGUAGUCGGCAAUUUUUACUGUGGAGACUGUUUACUUUGCCGAACUAAAGUAAGUUUGCUGGAAGAAUGCUUCUAGAAGAUUUUACAAAUGUAAAUAUGUAGGAAACAACAUAAAGAUUUUUAAUAUGCC